UAACAAAGCAAUUUAAAUGGGCCCUCCGUUGAAUGUGUAAAUUGUAAAAACAACAACACCCAUAUCCUUCUCCCUAUUCCGUGACUAGGUGCUAAUUAGGAGGAGAUAAUGAAGAGUCCCCUGGUACACAAUGAGGGCUUCACAUCUCAUUUCUGAAGAGAAAACCAACGAUGUCAGACAAAUGCAUUGCAUGCAAUAAGAGUGUUCGCCCCAGACAAGAGGCCAUCCAGUGUGAAGGAUGUGAACUAUGGCAACACAGAGCAUGUAAUACUGGAAUCAGCCGUGACCAGUAUAGACGAAUAGGGAAACUGCAAGAAGACCUCCAGUGGGUUUGCGCCCGGUGCUUGGAAAAUCCUACUGAUACAGAAGAGUUUGUAGCUGCAGCUGAUGCCACAUUUCACGUGUCAAUAGCCUCCCUUGGUUCAUCAGUUGCUGAACCCGAUGAUGAAGAUGAACAGGAGGAUGAAUCUACAGGAGAACAAACAAUGAUCUAGAAGGUUGGCACAACCAAAUCAACUCUAGAAUGAACUCCAGAGGACGAGUCCCAUUUUACCUCCUAUUACAAGAACUGUACACAGGGUCACUGCCAUCCCCAUGCAGGCCAGGCUGCUGACAGAAGGGAAGAUGGAGAGACUACACAGGAAACAGUCCUCCAGACUCAACGGUAAACUAUUCCAACUUUGGGAGGAAUACAAUGCCAGACAGAUCAGCACCACCCAGCUGCUGAGAAUGUGCUCGUAGUUAUAUGGACCUGUUGACAUCUGAUGUUAAUUUCUGUUCUGUUGUGUUAAGUGUUACUUCAGCGGUGUUGGGGGAAAAUGUUUGACUGUAUAAUUCAUUUAUUUAUUUGAGUGAUUGAAAACUGUAUGAUGGUAAAUGUUUGUUUGACAUAAGUACUGCUAAAUAAAACACAUUUAAAAAUGCU